UCUCACAGUUUGCGAUCAUCCUCGCUAAGAGGUAGAAGUGGAUCUGGAUACCAGCAUAAUUGUGACAAACGCUCAUUGCAAUGUGUUCGAGUAAUAAUAAACCAAAUUAAAAUCAACGUUAUAUUAUACAGAAAUAUUGUGCAUUUACAAGUUACACUAAAAACGCACGGUAGAUAAAAUAUUAAAAAUAUAAUAAAUAGAAAAUAUUAAUAUAAAACAAAAUAAUAAAAAUAUACAAAUAUUGCAAAAAUAAACAAAUUGUAAAUAACUAUAUAUUGAGAAAAUAUUUUUCAAGUUGUAAGAUGUAAAAGUGAUUUAAAUAUUCGAAACAAAAUGACUCAAAAAUUGUAUUGUUUUCAUUCAAUGGAACUUUGAAAACACGAAAAGUUCACAAAAUGCUGAGAAAUUAACGACAAGUUCUCUUUACGUUAUUAAAGGUCGAGUCGGAUAGAUUCAACCUGUGACCAGUGACUAGUGCUGAGUUCAGAGUAAUUGUUUCUUUUUCGAUCGACACGCGAUAUUGAUGACGUCACACUAGAUAAACGUGCGAUAUCAUCUUAUAUAAAAUAACAAACAAUGUCAAGGAAGCUUUUUACAUAUAAAAUGUCGCGAACAUUAUGGAUUGUUAUUUUCGCCGUCUCAGUUUUUGUGAGUGAAGUUUCUUUCGCGUCAUCAAAGACAACGAGCAUUUCGGCCACCACUUCGUCGCAACCGGUAAACACAUCGGACAGCGCAACAGCUACGACCGAAUCUACAUCAACUAUGCGUUAUGAGAGAAAUGAAACUACGCCGCAUGUAGGAAAUUUCUCUGAACUAUCUAAGCGCGUGUCGAGCAUCAACGAGACGGUGACGUCUUCUUCGGAAAACAAGAGAAAUGAAAAAAAAUGCCACUUAGCAGACGAGUCGAAAGACAUGCUGAAUUGUAAUGUCUUCGACGUGUCAUUAGAAUCAACAAUAAAUUCGUCGCAGGAAAAUGAGACAGACAAAACGAAUCAAGGAAUUACCAAGUUCAACGAUACGUAUCCGCCAAAAAUUUUUCCAAGUGACAAGAACGUAAAGAGUAUCGACAAAGCGGAUGACGCUACUCGAAGGCGACUCGAAUCCUAUUUUUAUGCAACCGUGCCGACAGAAGUUGAAGCUGCAUCGUCACCCACAGCAAAGAACACCAACGAUGGAAAAGAUAUAAGCACUGUUAGAUCAUCUAAUGCGAGCAACGAUCGGAACACGAGUUUAAAAAGCGAUCCAGAAAUUGUGGCGCAAAAAUCUUCGAGUGACGAAGGAACGUCACAAAAGAAGAUUGCGUUAACUAUGAUAAUCACACUCGUGAUAGCUGCAGCGGCGAUUUACACCGGUAUGAUAGCGUGGAAACGUUAUCUCGAGUAUAAAUACACUCAUCGACAGUUGCUGAACAACGAUUUGGAAUUCGAUGCGAGUGACUUUCAUCACUAUGAGCUGUGAUACUUAAAACAAAAUACAGAGAACAAAAUAUAUAAACAGUUCAUCAAUUACACGGAUAGUAAGUGUUAUUGUUAAGUUAAUGUAAGAAAAAAAACCUCCUUGAUCUGUGAUACAUUGCAACAGUGCAUCGUAUAGAACUUGCCCGCUUUAAGACACAUUAUUAUAACACUGUAAACACAAAGUAUAUUAUCGAUUUAGACAUUUUAAUCUCUGAUGUUCACUUUUUAUUAAACGCAUAUCUCGUUAUUACAAUCUGCUAUUUAAGUGGUGUAGUUUUAUUGCUGUAUCUGUGUCGCGUAUGCGACACAAGAUGUAAAUAUUAAGGAUUAUAAUUAAGGAAUAUUAAAAUAAUAAAUUAUUAAUGUAUUUUUGUAGUCCACA